GCUGUAUCUGCAGCCUGCGCCGGCUGGUGAUGAGGAAGUGACUCCUGUGCCGUAUCAUCUCCGAGUCGUGCAGUCUGAAAUAUGAACUGUAAUGGUGGUGAAGAGGAUCAGCUGCCUUCUGAGAUGGUCUUUAAAAGGAAGAAGUGCCACUCAAACAGUAGAAAACAAAUGAGUGUCAGGAGCAGACUUCUACCCAGAAUGAAGUGACAAAGCUCUUCCCAUCUAGAAAGUGGAAAAUCAGUCAUAAACAUACCUUAGAAUUGGGAAAAACAGUACGUGGGCUACAUAGCUACGUGGAUUUGAGACCCCAGUAAGGAUGCAAUUGUGCUGUGAAUCUGUAAAUAGCUCUUGCAUAAGGAGCACCUGGUCAAACAGCAUCCGUAUCUCCAUGUACAUCUUCAUGGUUUGCAUUAUUCUGGCCACAGUGGUUGGAAAUCUGACAGUUAUCAUCUCAAUAUCACAUUUCAAGCAGCUUCACACGCCGACAAAUUUCCUGAUACUUUCAAUGGCUAUGGUAGACUUCCUGCUGGGAUUCUUCAUCAUGCCUUGCAGUAUGGUACGCUCUGUUGAGCACUGCUGGUAUUUUGGGGAGUUCUUCUGCAAGAUCCACUCGAGCAUGGACAUUAUGCUGAGCACAGCUUCUAUCUUCCAUCUUUCCUUCAUAUCCAUAGACCGCUACUAUGCUGUGUGUGACCCUUUAAGAUACAAAUCAAAGAUAAAUACUUUUGUCAUCGUGGUCAUGGUAUGUAUAAGCUGGAUGGUCCCUGCUGCUUUUGCUUUUGGGAUGAUUUUUCUAGACCUAAACUUGAAAGGGGCAGAAAAGAUUUAUAAUCAUGUCUACUGUGCAGGAGGAUGCUUUCUCAUUUUUAGUGAAACUUCAGGAAUUGUGGCCUCCAUAGUGUCUUUUUACAUCCCUGGGUUUGUUAUGCUGUACAUCUAUAGGAAAAUAUACUCUGUAGCCAAAAAGCAGGCAAGAUCCAUCAAUGCAAUUAGCAGAAAAAAAAUGCAAUUUGAAAUGAAGCACCACAUUUCAUUCUGCAGAGAAAGGAAAGCUGCUAAGACUUUAGGCAUCAUAAUGGGAGCAUUUCUCAUCUGCUGGACUCCAUUCUUCUUCUUUACAGCUACCAAUCCAUUUAUGAAUUACGUGAUACCUCCUGUUCUCAUUGAUGCCUUGGUUUGGUUUGGCUAUUUAAAUUCUACUCUUAACCCAAUUGUUUAUGCAUUUUUUUACAUGUGGUUUCGCAGGGCAUUGAAGAUUAUUCUGUUUGGAAAAGUUUUUCAACAGGACUCUUCCAGGACUCAUUUGUUCUCAGACUAACAUGCUUUAAACAGUUGGAUUCAUGCUUUGAACUUUUGCCUGGAGGCUGAACUCCCAGAUAUAAGAGCUGUGAAGGAAGGAAAUUCCUUCCAAAAUUUUUUUGCCUAUUUACAAAAUGUAGUUUAAGCAGAUAAGCAACCAUUGUGCUUUAUGUAUUCUUUCAUUCCAGAUUAGAUUUCACAUGUGGUGUUUUGAUUGUAUCUAUUUAUUUGCAAUGCACAGAAGAGCAAGAGUUGCAUUUAAAAAAACUUAUAGCAGUUUAUAUCCCAUAAUUAAAAUCUUCAUAAUUAAAAAAAUAUUUUGAUGCAACAGGUUAAUUUCUUGAACAAGGUAUGUUUAUAUUACAAUAUUUGUGUUCAUUUGUGCUCUCCUCUAGAAAGAGCAGAGAAACCUUUUCCUCUGGAUUUCUUGGCAUC